AUGACCCAAUCGGUUGUUGUGGCAAAACACAGCGAUGGCUCCUCCAUCACUGUGCACACGCAGGGCGCCCACCUUACCAGUUGGCGCAAUGCGGGAGGUGAGGAGCUUCUGUACACAAGCCCGGCUGCCGUGUAUAAGGAAGGGACGCCAAUUCGAGGUGGGGUUCCCAUCAUCUUUCCACAGUUUGGGAAUCUUGGAUCGCUUCCUUCGCACGGUUUUGCGCGUAUUCGUAAGUGGAAGGUGAAUGAAGUACAAAGCGGAAUGGCAUCCUUCAUACUGGAAGUGCCCGCAACUGAUCUUCAGACGCAGAAGAUGGAAGUCAAACAAGACAAGAAUACAUCGUUGGUAGGCAACGUUACCCUGUUGUACACUAUCACAUUCAACAACAAGCAGCUGCAGCUGCAGAUGGAAGUCGCAAGUCAUGUUCCUGACGAGAAUGUUAAAUUUACGUUUGCGUUUCACACAUAUUUUGCGGUUGAAGACGUCACACGUACUUUGGUUAAUGGGGUGAACUUGACCUCUUACAUUGAUAAUCUGUCAAACGAACGCAACCUUCAAGUUCCACAGCAGCUGUGGACCUUUACAAAAGAGGUGGAUCGCAUCUACAAUAAUCAAAAGUGCGCGGUAUUGUUGUUGGAUAUGGGGAAACCUCGGACGACGCAUAUAUCAAGUGAACAUCUUCCAGAUGUUGUGGUGUGGAAUCCUUGGGUAGCGAAAACAGCCAGAAUGAAGGAUCUUCCCACUGACGGCUACAAGAAAUUUGUCUGCGUGGAGCACGGUUCCAUAUUAAAGGAGGUGACGCUCCCGCCCAAAGGUAUAUGGAAAGCGUCGCAGUGCAUUCAUUUACUUUCCUUCUCCAAAAUGUAG